AUGGUUGUCAUAUCGAAAUUAAACAAUUUCUCAAACUCGUUUCAUUCGUGUUACGUUGAUUUCUUAUUUGACUGUCAAAAUCACCAACAACUUGCAUAUGAACCUUGGCAAAACAAUGGUGGUAGUGGUGGUGGAAGUGGUGGUGGUGGUGGAAGUGGAGGUGGAAGUGGUUGUAGUGGUGGAGGUGAUAGUGGGGGUGGUAGUGGGGGUGGUAGUGGGGGUGGUAGUGGGGGUGGUAGUGGGGGUGGUAGUGGGGGUGGUAGUGGGGGUGGUAGAGGGGGUGGAAGAGGGGGUGGUGGUGGGGGUGGGGGUGGUAGUGGUAGCGGGGGUGGGGGUGGUGGUGGUAGUGGGGGUAGAAGUGGUGGUGGUGGUGGUGGAAGUGAUGGUGGUGGUGGAAGUGGAGGUGGAAGUAUAGGUGGGAGUGGAAGUGGAGGUGGGAGUGGAAGUGGUGGUAGUGGUGGGGGUAGGAGUGGUGGUGGUGGUGGUGAUGGAAGUGGAGGUGGGGGUGGUGGGGGUGGUGGGGGUGGUGGGGGUGGUAGUGGUGGUGGGGGUGGUAGUGAUGGUGGGGGUGAUAGUGGUGGUGGGGGUGGGGGUGGUAGUGGUGGUGGGGGUGAUAGUGGUGGUGGGGGUGGUGGUGGUGGUGGUGGUGGAAGUGGUGGUGGAAGUGGUUGUAGUGGUGGAGGUGAUAGUGGGGGUGGUAGUGGGGGUGGUAGUGGGGGUGGUAGUGGGGUUGGUAGUGGUGGUGGGGGUGGGGGUGGUGGUGGUGGUGGAAGUGGUGGUGGAAGUGGUUGUAGUGGUGGAGGUGAUAGUGGGGGUGGUAGUGGGGGUGGUAGUGGGGGUGGUAGUGGGGUUGGUAGUGGGGGUGAAAGUGGGGGUGAAAGUGGGGGUGGAAGUGGGGGUGUUAGUGGGGGUGGUAGUGGUGGUGGUGGUGGAAGUGAUGGUGGGGGUGGUGGUAGUGGUGGGGGUGGUAGUGGUGGUGGUAGUGGAAGUGGUGGUGGGGGUGGUCGUGGUGGUGGUAGUGGGGGUGGAAGUGGUAGUAGUAGUUCUUUUUUUGGCCGAUGUAUGUAUCGGUCCAUCAUCACAUUGGGCAAAUCGCGGUUUUUCUUAUUAGUGUUGCGAGAUAUUAUUUACGGGUUGAAUUGGAACUACGAUAUAAUAUCGCGGCUUUUUAUUAGUGUCGCUAGAGAAUGA